CCGGCGGCGGCGGUUGUUGUUCAGCGGCGGCGGCCGCAGCUCGGGUCGCAGCCUCCGGCCGCCCGCCCGCCCGCGGGUCCGCGCGCGCCGCCAUGGAGCUGGAGGUGCCGGACGAGGCGGAGAGCGCCGAGGCGGGGGCCGUGCCCGCGGAGGCGGCGUGGGCCGCGGACAGCGGGGCGACGGCAGGUGUGGCUCAGAAGAAGACGGCCCUGACCGAGGCGCCGUCGAUGACUGGACAGCCGGGUGCUGGCCACGGGAAGAAGUUGGGUCAUCGAGGCGUGGAUGCGUCUGGCGAAACCACCUACAAGAAGACCACCUCCUCCACCCUGAAGGGGGCCAUCCAGCUGGGCAUCGGCUACACCGUGGGCAACCUGAGCUCCAAGCCAGAGCGCGACGUGCUCAUGCAGGACUUCUACGUGGUGGAAAGCAUCUUCUUCCCCAGCGAAGGCAGCAACCUCACCCCUGCCCAUCACUUCCAGGACUUCAGGUUCAAGACCUACGCACCCGUCGCCUUCCGCUACUUCCGGGAGCUCUUUGGGAUCCGACCGGAUGAUUACUUGUACUCCCUGUGCAACGAGCCGCUGAUCGAGCUCUCCAACCCUGGCGCCAGUGGUUCCCUCUUCUACGUCACCAGCGACGACGAGUUCAUCAUCAAGACGGUCAUGCACAAGGAGGCGGAGUUCCUGCAGAAGCUGCUGCCCGGCUACUACAUGAACCUCAACCAGAACCCCCGGACGCUGCUGCCCAAGUUUUACGGGCUGUACUGUGUGCAGUCGGGCGGCAAGAACAUCCGCGUGGUGGUCAUGAACAACAUCCUGCCCCGCGUGGUCAAGAUGCACCUCAAGUUCGACCUCAAGGGCUCCACGUACAAGCGGCGGGCCAGCAAGAAGGAGAAGGAGAAGAGCGUGCCCACCUACAAGGACCUGGACUUCAUGCAGGACAUGCCCGAGGGGCUCAUGCUCGACGCCGAUACCUUCACCGCCCUCGUCAAGACCCUGCAGCGGGACUGCCUGGUGCUGGAGAGCUUCAAGAUCAUGGACUACAGCCUGCUGCUGGGCGUGCACAGCAUCGACCAGCACGAGCGCGAGCGCCAGGCCGAGGGCGCCCAGAGCCCCUCCGACGAGAAGCGGCCGCUGGGCCAGAAGGCGCUCUACUCCACCGCCAUGGAGUCCAUCCAGGGCGGCGCGGCGCGCGGCGAGGCCAUCGACACGGACGACACGAUGGGCGGGAUCCCCGCCGUGAACGGCCGAGGGGAGCGCCUCCUGCUACACAUCGGCAUCAUCGACAUCCUGCAGUCCUACAGGUUCAUCAAGAAACUCGAGCACACUUGGAAGGCUCUCGUCCACGACGGGGACACGGUCUCUGUCCACCGCCCCAGCUUCUACGCCGAGCGCUUUUUCAAGUUCAUGAGCAACACGGUCUUUCGGAAGAACUCCUCCCUGAAGUCGUCGCCGUCCAAGAAGGGGCGCAACGCCUUGCUGGCCGUCAAGCCCCUGGGGCCCACGGCCGCCUUCUCGGCCGGCCAGAUCCCCAGCGAGCGGGAGGACGCACAGUACGACCUGCGGGGAGCCCGCAGCUACCCCACGCUGGAGGACGAAAGCCGGCCCGACCUCCUGCCCUGCACGCCCCCUUCCUUUGAGGAGGCCACCACCGCCUCCAUCGCCACCACGCUGUCCUCCACGUCCCUCUCCAUCCCCGAGCGCUCCCCGUCGGAGACGUCGGAACAGCCGCGGUACAGGCGGCGCACACAGUCGUCUGGACAGGAUGGCCGGCCCCAGGAGGAUGUCCAUGUGGAGGAGGACCUGCAGCAGAUCACGGUGCAGGUGGAGCCCACGUGCAGCGUGGAGAUUGCAGUCCCCACGGAGGAGGACGCGGGGGUGGAGGCGCCCACGGCCUCUGCUUCGGCUGCCGUCGAGGUGGAGACGGCCAGCCAGGCCUCGGAGCCCGCCAGCCAGGCCUCGGACGAGGACGACGCGCCCGCCACGGACAUCUACUUCUUCACGGACGGGAGGUACUGGAUUUACUCUCCCCGCCAUCGCCGACUGCGGGCCGUGACGCUGAGCUCCUCGGGGACUCCCACCGACGACAGGAGCUGGGUGUACUCCCCGCUCCACUAUAGCACCCCAGCCCGCCCAGCCUCCGACGGCGAGAGCGACACAUAACUUCUAUGCAGACCCCAACCCAGAGCCCAGCGGCCGCCAUCCCUGAAGGAGCCGCUGCCUCGUCGCCCCGUGGGAUCCUCACGGCCGCCCCCCGGAGCCCCGACCUCGUCCCCCUUCCUCGACGGAGGCCGGACGCCGACGGCCAAGCCCCCGACCCUGCAGCGCCAGCCGCUCCCGGCCUCAGAGCCCCCCGAGCUCUCCCCGUCAGCUACCUGCGCCCGUGAUACUGUGAACCCCCCCGAGUCUUCAAUCAUGUAUUUAUUUUGGGUCCUCCCUGUCUGCACAGAGACGGUAGCUCGCAGGCGCUUUUUUAGGGAAAAACAGUGGAAAAGGAGGACGCUCCGCCCGACGGCACUUCCUGGUUCUCCGCGGGGCAUGGCCGCUGCCCUCGGCUCUGGGGAACCCCGGGGGCCUGGCCCCCCGAGGCCCGUCCAGCCCGCCCCCCACUCGGCUCAGGUUUAGGGGUUGCGUUCCCCAGGGCGCUCACUCAGGGCGGCAGCUGCUCACCGUCUUCGUUUCCGCCACUCUGUCGUCAAGGGGCGUCCUCCCCCUGGCCCCCAGGGCAACCCCAAGAGCAGGAGCCUCCAGGCGACUACAGUAGGGCCGCGGCCUUUCUCACAUCCUCCCACUGGGCCGUGCGAGGGUCCAGAAGAGGGGCCCAGGCUGGGAGACACCCCCUUCCGAGCUCGGGACGUUCAGGACGGGAGUGAGCGGCGUCUUUUUGUUUGUUUGAUUUAAAAUUAUGAUGUCCGUUGGGUUCCGAGCCAGCAGGGCCGGCUGUGUAGGGGAGCAUCUGCGUCUUGGGGGCUGUCAGACACCCCCACGCUGCCCCCACUUCCCGAGCUUGCUGAAAGGCAGCAUGUUGGCCAGUUUUUCUCCCCCGGGUGGGUCCCCCGAGGCUGCCUCAGAUGGGAGGAGCUGGGAGGGGGCUUGGAGUGGUAGCUGCACCCGCAAAUCUUCCCCAGCCCUUGCUCCCCACCCCGCAAGCAGAACCCCAUGCAGGGACCAAGAACCCACUGACCCAAGAGUUUGAUUUUUUUUUUUAAACCCUUUGCAAGCUCCCUUCCUGUUUCAGGAGCCCCCCAACAUUCCACCUCCCACGGACCCCACUCCUUGGCCUGCAGAGAGCCUUCCCCCGAGAAGUCAGGGUCUCGGACGCACAGCCUGCAGGUCCAGCUGCCCCAUAGGGUCGUGCCCCACUCGCUGUCGGCACCAGACAAACCUCAGCCCUGAGGAGUGGUGACAGCACCCCUUCCAUUCAGCCCCUUGGGCUGUGGCCAGGGGAGGCCCCUCAGUGGGCUGACUGUCCGUGGGGAAGCUACUGUUGAAAUGAGCCUUUGUGGGGCUGCAGAUCGAACGCGCCCCAUCCUCGCCCACCCAUGGAGGCCAGUUUGGGCCCUGGGCCUCGAGCUCGCCCGCCCGUCCGUCCCGCCCUGCCCGGCCCCCCAGAGGCUGUGCUGAAGUUUCCAGAAACCUGGAGCCCCUCUCUGCCCAGAGGCCUGGCACCAAAGACCAUCACAAGCCCCCCGGGCCUGAUCUGGAAGCCAUCGGCGCAGCCCCUGGGGCAUCCCUAGCCGUCCCGAUCUUCGGGGUGCAGGCUCAGCAAGGAGGGGCCUGGGUGGGAGCAGCCCCAGCCCCAGCCCAGGGUCUCUGCGGGUCCCCUCAAGGUUUACCAAGACCCGGGCAGGCCUCCCUUCCAUCCUGACAGCCCCAUUUUUGUGUUACGCUCUCAAGAUCCCUUUGGAGACCUGUUUUGUGUUUGUCACGUUUUUUGUACCUUCCUGGAGAACUGUAAGUGGAGGCUGAAGCUGUGCAACGGCGUUCACUUCUGAUUUUCGGGGCGCGGGAAGGCAAGGCCUAUUUAUGAUGUUUGGCGACGCUUUGCCUUCCCCACACCCUCCAGGAGGACGCCCCCUGGGGCCACCCGGCUGCACCCCCAAGUUCAGAAAUCCAUAAACACUCCGUCUCCCGCCGGCGUCUUUCCCCUGACAGCUGCUAUUGCUAAGAAAGCGGACGUGUCUGACGACUGGACUGUACAAGCUGGAAGGCGUCUGCUCGGAGAACGACCGUCCUCCCCCUCCUCUCUGGCGCCCUGCAGUGACCUGUCCCCUGCAGCCCUGGCUCAGUGCACUACUCCGGCUCCCCGGGGGGCCCUGCCAUGGUCCCCCACCCCGGGACCCGCACCUUCCACCUCUUUCUCUCCGGCGAUCGAACCGCGCCAUCACCUGCCCCACUCCGAUCUUCGUUUUUCUGGCCGAACCGAUGUCGAAACAAAACACAACUGCAAACCUCGUGUGUCUUAACUCGCCCAGGGGUCGCGUGGACUCUGCCCCCGGGGUCCGGGGUGUGACAAUCCACAGCCUGGCACCCUCCAGCUCAGCCGAGGGACGCCAUCCUCACCGAACCCAGAUCCAGGGGCGCCUCUGGCCGCGCAGCCACUGCUGGCCCCGUGUAUGCAACCCCGGCCCCAGCCCGCCCGGCCCCCCAAUUCUUUUUACGUGGAAGCGAUUCUCUCUAAUAAAUCGGGUGAUCGCGCAGCAGCCUGCCUCUCUGUGCCCAUGGGUUUCAGGG